AUGCUUCUUCAAUGUACUGUACUUCUCAAACAAUCAACAUCAACAAAUGUAAAACAUGAAGAAUUUGUGAAAGCUACGUACAACUAUGCAACUGAUCUUGUUACUUGUUCAAGUGAAUCGAAGGAACUGUGUUCUCAAAGAAUUAAUCAAUUAAACAAAGAUCGUGAUAAUAUUUCUUUGUUUGAACCAAAGAAUCGAGCAUUUAUGGAACGUGAUCCUGGAAAAUUAGAGGCCCAUUUUUCGUCAGUUGCUCAUAAAGCUUCAUAUGAACGAUAUUUCAUUUUCAAAAAUAAAUCGUGCAAUGUCGACAAUUUACUGAAUGAAAAUUGUCGAAAAGCUAAACAGCAGAAAAAAGCAAUACUUAAAAGAAAUAGAAAUAUUAUUAUUACAUUAAUUGACGCGGUCAGAUUUUUGGCCCAUCAGAGAUUACCAUUUCGUAAUGAACCUGCUGAAGAAGGUAAUGGAGAAAACUGA